AUGCUGGACAUACAAUGGGAAAAUCAAACCAUCAUUACAGAAUUCCUCCUUCUUGGAUUUGGGGAUCUACAAGAACUACAGAUUCCUCUCUCCUUUCUCUUCAUCAUCAUCUAUGUUUUGACUAUGGCUGGGAACAUCCUCAUCAUUGUCCUAGUUGUGACUGAUCAGAACCUUCACACACCAAUGUACUUAUUUCUUGGGAAUUUGUCUUGGUUGGAGACUUGUACUACAUCAACCAUUCUGCCCAGAAUGCUGUUUAGUUUCUUGACUGGGAAAAGGACAGUCCCUAUUCAUGGCUGCUUUAUGCAGUUUUGGGUAUUUGGAUCUUUAGCAGCAUCUGAAUGCUACCUGCUCUCAGCAAUGUCUUAUGAUCGCUAUGUUGCAAUAUGUAAACCCCUGCACUACACAACCAUUAUGAAUAACAAGCUUUGUCUCCUGUUGGUGGCUGCAUCUUGGAUUUUUGGGUUUUUGGCAAAUACAGUAUUGAUAGUUUUUGCAUUUCAGUUGACUUUCUGUAGCCACAAUGUAAUAGAGCAUUUCUUCUGUGAUUUCAUUCCUGUAAUCCAACUAGCUUGCACUGAUACCCACAAUGCCAUGCUUGCAGUGAAUAUCCUAGGAACCUUCUGCACAUUUCCAGCAUUCAUCCUAACUAUAACUUCAUAUGUUUACAUCAUUCAGGCCAUCCUGAGAAUUCCCUCAACCACCGGUAGGCAAAAGGCCUUUUCCACCUGCUCCUCUCAUCUUGUUGUUGUCUCCAUUUUCUAUGGAACUCUCAUUAUUGUCUAUGUGCUACCCAAAACUGAGAUGCUGAAAGAGCUGAACAAAUUCUUCUCUGUUUGCUACACUGUCCUGACACCUCUUGUUAAUCCCCUGAUAUACAGCCUGAGGAAUAAAGAGGUGAAGGAGGCCUGGGCAAGAGCUGUCAGCAAAUGGAAGAGUCACUCAGUGGUUAUGUAA